AUGUCUCUUCGGUCAAGUGAAGAAGAUAGUCAGCAAUGUUCAUCGCUCACAUCGUCAGCAGCAAUUACCAAUCAAGUUGCAGAGCUACAGCGAAACGAGAUUCAACGGCGCGAUGAUCAUGCUGGACGUUUUCCGUCAGGUGUUCGAUCAUCUGCCGGCUGCACUGUCA